CGCAGCAGCUAGCAGCCUUGGACAAGCUUCACCACACACCCAGCCAACAGCUCGCUGCCUUCAGGACUUCCUCGAUCUUCAUCCACACCCACAACUCUGAGCAGGGACGGCAAUCUGUACAGUAGCCACACCCACAAUUAGGAUCUGCCGAAACAACAUCCCAAAUCCACCUCUCCAACCCUUCAAAAUGUCCCUCCGCAUCGUCCCCUCCGAAGCCCACAGCACCACCUACAGCCACCUGACCACGAAAGGCGCCCCCUCCGCCCCAGGCCUCCACGACACCCUCCGCGCAGGCAUCGGCCCGUCCGCGUCAUCACCCGCCGACAACACCGCGACGACCAUCAGCGCGCACCCGCUGGAGGCGCGCCUGCGGCAGUGGGAGGCGACGCGCGAGGCGCUGCGCAUGGAGACGCUGCGCCGGGCCUUCGGCACCGCCGAGCCCGUGCGCCGCGCCAUGGAGCUCAAGAUCGCCCGCGACGGCGAGUGGCGGCCCGCCGCGCUGGGGCCGUCGCCGGGUGGGCUGGCCGGCGUCCACGAGGAGAUACUGCGCGGACGGGAGGCUACCAUCACGUGGGAGGAUGUGUUUACCGGGGAGGAAGCUAGGGGUGUCGUGGGUGUGCAUGAUGAGAUGGAGCGGAAGCUGAAGAUGUGAGGACGGCACGUUCGUGCGACUGGGGGUUUGAGGGUUUGGUGCUGAAGGAGGGGAGGGGAGGAGGAGGGCCCUGGCGGCACUGGUUAUGAUAUCAAACCCCAUGGUGCUUUAAUCUGAUUUCGCAGAAGUUCUCGCAGGACUGGCUCGAGUUGCUGGGCCAGGCGGGGCGAAAGGUGUACAACAUGCCAUGGUGCUUACCUCCUCGAGUCUUGCUCGCAUGAUAAAAACUAUUGGCAAGCAAGGACAACACAUAAAACUGGAUAGACCACACUGAAGAAGGCCAACGUAUUUACUACCAUCUAUUCUUCCGCUAUAAACGAUCGG